GAUUAAAUGGCGCCAGUUUCAAUUUCCCACUGAAAAAAGUCCAGAUGGCAAAUGAGGUUUGUAAAUACCAACUUCGGAGGAUUGGACCACCAGCGACCUGUCCAGAUGUCGUAGAUGUUUACAGAAUCACACAAACACGUACUCUGAUUGGGAGAAACAAGUAUGAAGUCGAUCUGUUUCUGUUUUCUUGUGUUCAUCCAAAGCUGAUAUCCAGGAUACAUGCAGAAAUAGAAUGCAAACCAAAUGAGAUUAUUCUGAAAGAUGUUAGUGCUAAUGGUACAUUUGUCAACCACGUUAAGGUCAGUGGAUAUGUCUCCUUACAUGACGGCGAUAUAGUUGUAUUUGGUCAUCUUGAUGGCAUUCUUAUCAAGCCAGGUGCUUUGGCACCACAACCAAGGUCAGAAUUUCAGUUUCAGUUUGAAAGGAUAUCUGAAGAGAUAAAAGAAGAGAUUCCACCACCCGGGCCAGCUUUAACGAACCCUGUUCUAACAAUGAAAUGGAAUACUAAUGUUAUUUCACCGAUGAAUAACAUCAUAUCUGAUAAAUAUGAUUUCCCCGCUCUUAGUACUAUAAUACCAAAUACAGAAAAUAACAGACAUACGCCAGUUCAUGGCCUGAUGAAAGCAUCCUGUAAGCCAAGGCAAAUACUACCAAGUCAGACAAAUUCAUGUGGGAGCAGUUUAACAUCUUCAUUUGAUCAAAGUAAUACAGAACUGGAAGACCUGGAAUUGUUAAAUCUUGCUGCUAAAGUUGGUGAUGAGAUUGAUGGUUUUGACAGCGAUGAUGACAUAUUUAGUGGAGGACAUAGACGCGGAAGUUUAUCACCAAUAUUGGGAUGGGUCCAGUCAGAGAACAGAAAACAACAAAAAAUUGGAAAAGUUGCUCCUAAAAAACGAAGGACUGCUCCAUAUCAGAAGAAAAAAAAUUUGAGUUCAACAACUAAGAAGACAGCAUCCACAUCAAAGCAAUGGGACAUGUGUGAUUUCUAUGACUGUAGGCAACCUCAGGAUGACACAGUUGAUUGGGUACAGUGUGAUGACUGCGACGGUUGGUAUCACGUUCAUUGCGUUGGAUGUAACGUUAAUGCAGUCAAAGAUCCUCAUGUGGGCUUCCAUUGCGGGUGUAACUAACAAUACUUUGCAUCUCAUAUGUACAUUAUCAGUAAAGAGGUCAUGUGAUCUGUGGAUGGCUUGAGGUCAUCUGAUUUACAACACAGCUUACAAGCUACCUCAGUAUUACUGUAAGGGACAGACACAUUUUUCUGCGGGGUGGGAGGGUUAUAAUUGGGAGACAAAAUUGCUGAGAAAUGAUAACUGCAUGAAUUAAGACACAGCAUCUGUACAAAACCCUCUCUUAACUUUUUUCUGUAAAUGAAAAAUCAGUCUGAAAUUUCUAAACCCACCACCCCCAGCAGAUGUACUGUCAAUCCCCGAGGUGAGAUAUCUUCUUACAUGGUCAGUACAUACCUACACUUUGUGAAUCGGUUUACUCAGACAAAUAUUAAUUUACAUAAUUACAAUGUGUAAUCCAUUAUGUCUUCAAUAUAUCUGUUAAACUGAUUUGCACCAAUUAGUCUUGUGAAAUCGGUUUAUAUUAUUUUACAUCGCGUACAAGACUUGAAUGAUGAAGUGAUCCUGCAUCAAAUCAGAACUUUACACUGCCAAAGUUUUUAUAGAUUUUCCACUGACCAUGCAACUGCCAUAUUUGCUCACACUGGUAAUUCAGCCAGUCUAAUCCUCAUAUUACCCGGUACAGUUAACUUUAACCACAUGUUUAUCACUGCCAAAUUGUUUACUUUUCAAGAGAUUGUCUUAUUUCACUGCCAUUGUAUAUAUUUAGUUAGUUUUUUUUAAUGUAAAUUGUAAUAACAUUGUGUAUAUAUGUUUUAUAGGUAUUCAUCACAUGCAUGUUGGGUUAUACAACAGUUUUGAUAAUGGUAACAUUGAUGCUAAUAGUAACUAAUAUACUGUAAAAGGGUUCAUUAUUCACUGGGUUUUAAUUUUGCUGACUGGAAAAUGUGCUAAAUUAAAACCCAGUGAAUAUGUAAAAUUAAGCAUAGAACACAUUAUCUGAAUGAUAAAAUCGUAAAUUUAAAACCCACUGAAUAUGCCUGAAAUGGUAAAUCAGUGACAUUUAAACCCAGUGAAAAUUAGUCAUCUAACAGUAUGUCUGUGAUUUUACACACAAAUGCCUGUUGAGAGCGAGGUAGUUGAGACUUAUUUUCACAUCACAAAUAUUGUUUUAUUCUCUUGUCAUCAUGUCCACUGUUUAAUGGAUCUAUAUAACCAAAUGGAGUAACAGAAACAAAUCUUGUGUAUCUGUCCCUUUUAAUGGCAUCUUGGCGGCCAUCGGCUUAUUAAAAUAUUACCGCCCCAUGUAAGGGUGUCUGCCAUUGUCUUCCUAAUGUUAGGUAAAUGCCUUUUUGCACUUUGUAAAUGCCCAUAAUAGGUAAUCAUAUCCUUUAUUAUUAUGUUAAAUAAAACCUUUGUGCAAAGACAAUAGAAUGUUCACACAAGACAAUAGAAUGUUCACAAAAGACAGUAGAAUGUUCACAAAAUACAGUAGAAUGUUUAUAAUAAGACAAUCAAAUACUUUAAAACUCACAGAAGACAAUAGAAUAUUUACAUAAUACAAUAAAGAUGACUUGCAUGAUGCAACUUAUUUUUACAUUCUUUGGACUUUCACAACAUGUAAACAUGCAUGUGAUAAAUGUUUAACCCGACUGUAAUUUUUGUCUCGUUGUUGAUGACAAAAUGUGCUGAGACUAGCCCAGUAAUCGUUGUAGUUCAUAAUGAUGCAAUAAAAAUGCAUGGUCAUUAUGUCAAAAAUAAUGUAAAGUUUAGAUUAAUAGUCAUCCUUUAUUUUGUUUUCAAUACAUAGUUAAUCUUGUGUAAUUUAUUUAGGAACAUGAAGGAGAUUGUGACAAUACUUUGAUCACAUGUCAACCUACAUCCCAUAAUACUUUGAUCACAGGUCAUUCUGCAUCCCAUAAUACUUUGAUCACAGGUCAACCUGCAUCCAAUAAUACUUUGAUCACAGGUCAACCUGCCUCCAAUAAUACUUUGAUCACAGGUCAACCUGCAUCCCAUAAUACUUUGAUCACAGGUCAACCUGCAUCCAAUAAUACUUUGAUCACAGGUCAACCUGCAUCCCAUCAUACUUUGAUAACAGGUCAACCUGCAUCCCAUAAUACUUUGAU